GGAAGCCAGUUCUCGAAAUAUUGCUGAAGGCGGCAGAGGCUGGCUCUUUCCCCUCUCUUCUUCUCCUCCUGUUGUGGAAUAAUAAUAAUAUUGCCACCAAAGUUUCCAGUUCAUUCAGCGUUUUCCCAUCUCCUCCUAAAAAACACCCCAAUCACGACAGUCUCAUUUUACAUUUCUGAACAAUUUUUAGCACAGAUAUUCGCAGAAAACGGCACAAGUUGCGUUGGUGGACAGACAGAGUGGAUUCAAAGAAGAAACGAGUGAUUAUUAUUACACAGAGCGAGAGGCGAAACCAUUGUGCAGCGUUGGUCCGAGUAGUGAACGCUUGGUUGUGAGUUUGGGAGUCUCUUUCUCUGCCAUACGUACAAACCACUACUGAUAUCUCUGCACCAUAGUCUUCUUAACGAGGUUUUUGCCUAUACACAGUUGGACAACAUAGCCUUAUAAAUAUAACUACAUGGUUUCGUGGUGGAUGGGGAUACUCGCGUACUGAUACUGCUGUGUGGUUUGAUGAUACACAAAAAGCGUGUGUGUAAGACAAUAUAGAUGAUUGAUUAAAUGAUGUCUCUGUCUCGUAUGAUGACCACCAGUUACACCAGUUAACUAAGUGAGACGACACUUGAAAUGCUGCAGCAAGUGAGGUGUCAAUGAAUAGUAAUAUUGUCUGUGAAAACAAGUUAACCGUUUGUUUGGAACAAACGCCAACAUCACAAAAUACUUAAUAAUAGCAAACCAGAAAACACGGAAAAGGAAAGGACCACACACAAGGAACGACGAACGCUUUGGUCGUCGCAGUGGAGUUUUGGAGCGAGUGGAGCCUACAACAACAGAGAGUUUUUAAUAUUGGCAUACUAAUUAGUGUAGUAACUAUCUGAUUUACUGUGCCGCAUAUUAUACAGCACGUAAUAAUAAUAGUAAUAAUAAUGCCUUUUUAAUUUUGAGUGGCCUGAAUACGACAAGUGUUGAUGUGUGGAGCUGUGAUUGACCGCACACACGUUUGGAAUACAUAGUUUAGUUUUAACUGAUAUAAUACCAAAAUGUGCUUGGUUCAUCUUUUUGGAAAGAUCUCUUGGUUCGAAUGAGCGAUAAGUUGUUGUGGGUGGAUGCUUUACGGUACCGACCUUCACCUUGCUCCGUGGCCUCUUGAAAGUUUUAAAAAUAAUUGGAAAAGGGCGAAACCAAGAGUAAAUAAAUAUGUGCGUGCGUGUGUGUAUGUGUAAAAAAUGGUCAAUUAUUUUGAGUAAAUCAACAACAAGGCUUGGAUUAUAAAUUUCGCAGUAAUGCACAAUGCUCAACAUUGCCAAGUAUAUGCAUACAUGAAUGGAGGAUAAAUUAAUAAUUAACAGGAUUCUAAAUUGUAAUGGCCUCUUGGAGUAAGCAGACCCCUUCUAUCUGACCACCGCCUCCAAGAUCCUCCACGAGCAAACUGAACGCUUUUCAAAGUGUUUAGUUAUUUAUUCUUGUGUCCGUCUUACCACCCUCACUUUUGCAACGCAUAGUACGUGGAAGUGCAAGUUUUUUUAACGUGGGGGGUGUUCCACGGUGGAACUACUAUGUGAAUGGGAUUUGCAAAUGAAUGACGUCGGCGGAUCUGACAGCGGGCCUAAGGGCCUAAGGGCCGGCAAAACGAGCCGCACAUCAGAUGCCAAUUUUGAAGAUGACAGCGAAUGGGAUGUAGGGAUAGGAAAUUUAAUUAUUGACUUGGAUGCUGACAUUGCGGAUGCUGAACGAAGAACAAACAACAACGAAACCACCCGAGGAGUAACUAAUACCUCUGCGACUAGCAGCUCAGCCGCCGCCAUCGCCACCGCCGCCGCCGCCGCCUCAAAUAGUAACAGUCCAAUUCACGCAAUCAGUCCUUCGAUAACACCGCCCAUUACUUCUCAAAUGCAUAUCCCAACAACUUCCGGCUCUUCCGGUAGCACCUCAUCAUCAGCGUCUUCAAACAACUCCACAAAUAGUAUCACCACCAGUACCACCUCAAACGCUUCCUCCACCAAGGGCAAGACCUCCAACUCUGCCCCAUUUUCUUCCAAGAAUAAUUCUACAGGAGGUGGGACUGCAGCAGCAACGUCUGUUGAGCUAUCCGGAAAUAAUAGUAUGGAACAUUCCGCAGUCGUGGAUCCCAAAGGACUGAAAAUGAAGAUAAAGCGAACCAAGACAGGAACAAAGAGUGGAGCAGAUGAAAAGCACGAAAUUGUCAAAACUGAUUUAAACACUUCUGCUUCUUCCUUGUUGUCAUCCUCAGUUAGUAAUAGUAGUAGCAAUAGUAGUAGCAGUGGUGGUACUGGUAGUAUUAAUAAUAAUAACACUGGUGGGAUCGUUUCAAAUAGCAAGACCAGUCUUGGUGCAAGCAGUUUGAACGAGUCAAUUUCCUCCAAAGGUCAUUCGUCUUCCUCUCAUAAAGACAAAGAUAAAAUUAAAGACGGAAUCAUGAUUGAUGUGGACAGUGUUGUGGGUGGAGGAGGAGGGGGAAUAAACAAUCAUGGUAGUGCAAGUGGUGUUUCUGGAACCAGCAUAAAUAAUGGUCUGAACAAAGAUUCCGCCAUAAUCAACAAAGAUUCUUCUACAGUGUCUGGUACGGGAAAUGGUGAGCAGGCAAAGAAUAAAACCCCAAGAAAGGGAAAGGAGCCCCAUAACAAAAAAGUCAAAAAUGGCAACAACAAUAACAACAAUAAUGGAACUUCUAAUAAAAAGAAUGAGCAGCGAAACAGUAACUCAACUUCAUCAUCGGACACUGCUAAAAACAACUCUAUUUCUCACACGAUCAAGGACGGCAAAGAUUAUUUCACAGCGACAGUCAGUCUUAACGUUCCAACAAUUGUCCCCAAUGUUUCUUCUGCUUUCUCUAAAACUACGCUUAAAGUACCAAACUCCAUCUCAUCGUCAAAUGCACAAAAUUCCAUUCACUCCCCGUCCCCCGCAUCAGUCGAUCCUACCAGAAAUCAUAAUCAUUCUUUAGUACCUACUACCAACACUUCCGCAUGGGUAGCCGGAUCUCCGAACAAGGGAAUGGAGAAAAGCUCGUCUUCACAAAAUCUAUCGGCUGAAAACAAGGGAAAUAAUGGGAUUCAGUCUUUUGGAAGGAAAGUGAAAGCGAUUCUUGAUGGGAACCUCGAUAAACAGAUGCACCGAGAAGAUGGAGUAUCUAGCAGCACAGGGUUAUCAGCAAUAGCAUCCUCCUAUAGAAAUUCUUCUGAAAAUCCAUCAUCUAUUUCAGCCACUGUAAAUCACACUGGUCCUCCACCAGGAUCUUCUCCCAAAUCUAAAAACUUUCAAUCAGGCUCGUCGCAAGAUGUUUGCAUUGGUACCAGCGUUGGGACAGUGACUGACCCAGAGUUUUUAGGCCCGUGUGAACCCGGAAUGGACAUUCAAUUGAGUGGCAUUGUGUGGCACGAGAAUGAAAAUGGUAUUCUAGUCGUAAAUGUCACAUGGAGAGGAAAAACCUACGUGGGGACUUUAAUAGACUGCACCAAGAAUGACUGGGCACCACCUCGUUUUUGUGACUCACCAACAAGUGAUCUUGAAAUGAGGACGCCAAAAAAUCGAGCAAAACGUGGCCGUGGUCAAGCUGCGACGCCUGUAAACGAGUUACUACCUGAUGUGCGUGUAGCAAAUGUAAAGCUUCGGAAUGGAGCCAAGGGACGACGUGGCAGUGCUACAUCGAACGCUUUUGUUGCUCCAGCUAGUCCAUUAAAAGGUUGCAGUGUUGAUCAGUGGCCUAAGCGAAAAACUCGUGGUAGUGAAAAUGAAAGUCAGGAUGAACCAACACCAUCGGGAGGAGGAGGAGGAGGAGGAAAAACGACCAAGAGACUUAAAGUUUCCAUCAACAAGGAAGAGAGAAACAAGGACCGUCCAUCAAAUAGCCCCGUUCCAUUAUCUGAUCUCGAAAAAUCAAGUGGCCCAUCAUCCCCUGCCCUCAUUGAAUGUCCUGAGCCAAAUUGUUCCAAAAAGUACAAACAUAUCAAUGGGCUGAGGUAUCAUCAGUCACAUCAGCAUCAGUCACACGCCCACAACAAUUUUGCAGAAGACUCUGACUCGAAUGCGUCCACUGCAAGCACUCAACUUGCUACUCCUACCGAUCAGCAACCGAGCAGUAGUGAGCCCAUGGCUAUCGAUAACAUUUGUGAUAUGGACGACGAAGCUUCUCCAACCACGAUGGAUGAGUUGAUUUCUGUUUCAAAACGACCAUCAGGUUCAAAUGGAAACUUGGCAAAAAUUGACGAUUCCUCAAUGUAUGACCCUCAGGAUGAGAAUGCUAGGAUUAGUGACAAGGAAUAUAGUGAUACUCAAAGCUUGCCCCUUUCUUCUAUCAGUGGAAAAAGUGCAAAUAAAAGUGGCAAUAAUAAGGUUAAUAAUAAGGUGCCAGAGUCCGACUCCAACAAGUCAUUCGAGUCCUUAAGCAAAGACACCUGCUUAUCAUCCAAUGCGUCCUCAGUCCCAAGGGGAGCAAUUCUAACCGUACCAUCGUUCAGAUCAAUUGGCCAUUCUAUCCAUUCAUCUCGCGAUCAGGAAAACACUGUGAUGAAACCUACGCCCAUUUUGCAACCAAAAGGCAUUCCUUGGCAGCCACAUGUUCACAAUCCCGUUGUUGCACCCCACACGCAACAUUCUCCAUCCUCCACAGGGAUUACGCUAAAUAUCCCAGGAGAAAAACACACCGUUUCCACCUCCAAGGACAAGUCCUCGGAAGGUCAUGCUAAGAAAAACAAGCACAAAAAGAAGAGCAAAGAUAAAGAUAAGGAUGGCAAAUCAAAGUCGGAUUUGAAAAGCGACAGGUCAUCAAGUAAGGAUACUGGAGCGAGAAUUGGCAAAUUUUCACAUUUAUCAAAUUCUUCCGGGGCAUCCGAAGGCAGAGGACCGUCUGCAGAUGACCUUAGACCUUCCGUAAGAGAAGAGCUCAACUUUGGAGAUGGAAACAAUGCCGGCGUUGUAGGUGAAACUAGGGACGAUCCACUAAGUCCAGCCUAUUCAGACAUAUCUGACGCUAAUGACUCUGGUGAUGCAGACUUGAAUGUGACGGUGGUAAAGGAUGGAAAUAAUUCGGAUUUGAAGAAGGACACCCCAACCGUAGCUCCAUAUUUUUCUCCAUUUUACACUCCCUACAUGGAGCCCAAACUUGCCGAUCCAACACCAGUAGGAUUGUCUCCCUCAGAUGAGGCUGAAAAGUUAAAAACAGGUCAACAGCAUUCUCACAUCAUGCAACAAAAUUUACCCUCGUCAGGACCACCCCCACCUUCGUCUUCCUCUUCGUCGGUUUCCAAUGCUUGCGACGAAAGUGGACGAUCUCCUAAAAUGGACUUUCCUCAUCACCCCAAGUACCUCCCACAUCAACAGCACUACUUUCAUUAUCCAUAUUCAAAUUAUCACUUUGAUCAAGGGCAUGGCCAGUUCAAUAAUGUAAUGUCUGAAAACUCUUUCAAUCCUCCACGUGGAUUUAUAUCAUCGGAUGAACGAGACAAGGAAAAGGAAAUAUCAGGAGACGCACUUAAAAACAAGCUCCUCGAGCGAGAUAUCAAACAGGAACCUGGACUAAAGGACGGUGGCCGUCCUUUAAACAUGUUGGCUGACGAUAAGUUUUGUGGUGAAAUAAAAUCAGAAUUUGGAUCGUCUGACUAUGAGCAACCUCCAAAAUCAAUGUCCCAUCAUUACAUGCCCCAUCAAACUUGUAGCAAACACUCUAAAGAUUUGUCAUCGAAACAACGUGACGACAUGAACAAGGGUGGUGAUCAUUUUCGGCCGGGUGAUAAAUCCAAGGAAGAUUCUGAUAAGGAAAUAUCAAAGGAAAAAGACAAAAACAACGAAGGGGCAAAACCCACAAUGGAAACAACCGGGCCUCCACCGCCUCCAACAGCCGGAUCAUAUGCAUACAUUCCUCAACCUUAUCUGCAACCAGGUUCCCCAUUCGGAAUUCCUUUUGACCCUGGACAUCCACUUUAUCGUCAAGUCCUUGUCCCAGGUCCUUAUGGAGGUUCCCCAUAUAUGCAUCCGGGUUCUAUGCCCCGAUACGCCCAACCAUCCGGAAACACUUUACCCUUACCUGAAGACUUGUCUCGGCCACCCAAUGUCCAGCAGAAUACAAGUAGUGGUGCUGCAAAAGCUCUGGAUUUGCUACAACAUCAUGCUCAGUACUAUCAAGUACAUAAAAUUCACGAGUUGUCGGAGCGUGCCCUCAAAUCACCCAAUCCAAGAAGUGAUGUCCCACCUCACGGGGUUAUACCGUCAAAUACACCUACAUCUCCUGCAGCAGGCGGCCUGAGUGGUUCAGGUGGUGGUGGUCAAGGCUCCAGAAACAUUGGAAGUGGUGUUAAUUCCGCUGGAUCUCCAAACAUGUCAUCAUCGUCAAAGGUGUCUGAUCUGUCAAAAGAGUCCAAACUCGGAGGAGGUCUUCCACCUGGAGGGCUCAUAAAUGAAAGUAGUCAUUCGCCACCAACGCAACAUCACCAUCAUACACACGUUGGCACAAUUACCCAUCACCAUAUCACCAAUCACGUUGGGAUCGGAUAUCCGAUUUUGCAGGCGUUUCCUGCCCCACACUCCCCCCAUUACGGAGUGCUUACAACUCCACCAGCACCUCCUGUGAUUCCUCCGUUCCCAUCGCAGAAACCGACUUGACACUCUUCUUCAAUUUCAUCAUUACGAUCUUAUCGAGGAAGUGGUAGUGAGGUGGCGAGUGUGUGAAUCAAUGAUGUGUAAUGAUUAACUUUCCUUACUCCUUCUAAACCAUCUACACAUAUUUAUAUGUCACCUCCUGCUGGUAAUAUAGCCACCCUUUCAGUGAAUUUCUACUUAAAACAGCCUAUAAAGUGACAAUGUAGCUUUUGAUACAAAUAUAUCAUUGAUUGAAAAGAAGCUAUCUUAGUCGAAAUUAGAAUUCUAUGUGAACUGUAUAAAUAUGCAAUGCCGUCGUCGCGAUGUCAUCAAGUCUUGUAGUACAUAUUCAGUGGCGGUCGUAGGUAUUGAAGUUAUUUUAUUAUAGUCCUAACUUGUGUGAUGAAAUAUGAAUCUUUAGUGAUUAAUUCAUAGGAUGCAAUAUACAUAAAUACAUACAUAGCUUCAUAUUAAAAUGUUUUUUAAUGCUUGCUCCAUCAAACCGUAACUUAUAUUUAUACUAUUUGUAACUUAUUUGUAACAUGUAACAGAUUCUCAUGACUGAAUUGUCCGCUCAUUUGACUGAAAUCUUUAGUUGGUAAUAAUACAAAAUUGUUCGUGGUUAACAUGUAAAUAAGCCGUUGGUACAAACAAGACUUUCAUUAUUACAUUUUGGUUUUCUUUUUUUUUGGGAGCAGACAUUUCUCCACAAGCCGAAGGGCCAUAUUAUCCUACUCGCAUUAUGGACUGAUUAAUUACACAUCCCUAUUAUCUGUAGCUCUGUAAUGUUAUACUAGUUUGCAUAUUCAAAAAUAUAUAAAUUCUCCCCGAAAUAAGAAGUAUUGUGAAAAUAGGUUUAUUUUGUGGAUAAACCGCUGAUAAAGGAAACGGCCGCCGUUAAGUGAGAAGACCAUGUUACCAUGUACUCAAUACUUGCAAAUACAAUUACUGUAUCUAUCACUGUAUAGUUCUUAUAUGGUAAUCAACGUAACACGAUAGUUUAUCGUUUUCUAUAACUUAAAAAAACAGAAACUGUCAACCGUAGAAGGAGAAUUCCUCUUGUUGUGUUCAGAAGCCUUGUCCAGUACAUGCUUUCUAUUAACAUUUUUUAGAAUUGUUAUAAAAAUACAUAUUGAGAAUGUUCAAUAUGCGCAAUUUUAUAAAGACUACGGAAAAUAAAAUGUAUUCAUAACGUACAUUCUUUUGUGAGAUUUGUAACCCAACCGAUUUACAAUUUAGUAAACUUAAAUACAAUAAAAAGUGACAGCUUCACGCAUUC